AACUCGUAAAAUUGAAAGUCGCUUUUAUCAUUUAAAAAUACGAGACAAUUUAUUUUCUUUUAAUAACAAAAAGUCAGUUUACGAUACAAUGUUGAUUCCUAAAUACCCCAAUUUUAAAAACCAAUUCUCAGCUGAGAUUGUUCACUUGGAAAACUUCAAUUCGAUUUUUGUGCGUGAGAAAGAUGAACAGAUCAUUGGAAGACAAAAAAUUCUUCAAUCGGCCAUGCAGAGCUUCUUUAGCAUGGAAUCAAAUAUAAAAAAUAUUAAAGAAAUAGUGAUCCACAGUUAUGCUGCCAUUUUCGUUGGCGGUGCCUGGCGACGUUGUCAGAUUAUGAGAAAACUAGCGAGUAAAGUUAAUAUCUUCACUUUGGAUACCGGAAAAAUGUGUAACGUCAAAUCGGAUAAAUUGAAAGAAUUACCUGAAGAUUUCCUCAAAGAACCUCAAGGAGUUGCCGAAUGUUUUCUUGCAGAUAUUAAAGCAAAAAAAGAAUAUGCUCACCAUUUUCCCUUACGGACAAUCGAAGAGUUUAAAAAACUUUUAAUGGAUCAGAAACUUGAUGUGGAAGUUUUAGUUAAAAAAUCAAAUUUAUCCAAUAAUAAGAUUCCUAUCAUCAUCUUUGUUAAGCCUGGAAAUGGUAGAACUAUUAAUAUUAAUGCUCUAUUGGUUACAAAAUUUAAGGCUGCUGACUCUACCGGACCUGGAAGUUUGGGAAUUUUUGAAGGCAUUGACUUGAAAGAUUUGAAAGAAUCUAAAAUGAAAAAUGAAGAAAAAGUUUCAGAGGAAAGAUUCUACGUUAAAAUCAAAUAUGUGGUUGAUCCUGGAGAGUUUUAUGCUACGUUCACUGAAAAAAAUCUUCCUGAACAUCUGAAAGAAAAUAAAUUUUCUGAGGUUGUCAAAAUGCAUUUGGCUUAUGCUAAUCCAGUUUGUGCAAAAUCUUGGGCACCACCAUCAAUCACAGCUUUCAAGCACACGGUUCAUUGUUUUAAAAAUCACAAAAUUUGUGUGGUUGGUGAAAGCAAUGAGUGUGGAAGUCUUCCAGUUAUUCUAUGGGGAUUUGAAACUCAUCAUGUUGUAACAACGAUUCAAGAGAAAUUCUUUAACAUAACAGAAUUUUUAGCUUAUCAAGGAUACAUUCGCUAUUUAAAAGAGAAUCAGUUGAAAAAUGUUCAAAGCAAUGACGAACCAAAACGUAUAAAAUCGUGGACUCAACCGAAAACUCAUGAAGUUGGAGACAAAUUGAAAGGUUCUUCAACUCAUGUCGACGACAAUGGAACCAUAUUCGUUGUUGACAAUAAGUCUUUAAAGGAAGUCAUGAACUUACUUGAAAGUGCUUAUUCAACAAAGUCUCAAGAAUCAAAAACUAUUUUGUUGGAAAUUGGACAACCAGUGGUAGUGAAGGAUCCAAUUACAGCUAAAUAUCAUCGUGGAAUCAUUGAAUCAAAACAUGAAUUGGAAGAUAUCUUCGAAGUUUAUCUUGUGGAUUAUGGAUUCAAUGAAUGUGUUCAACGACAAGAUAUAUUUCCUGUUAAGAUUGCAUCAAACAUCCCAAUGCUAGCGAGAAAAUAUCGACUAGCUCGCAUUAUUCUUUUAAAUGAUGACAAAUAUAAAAAGUUGAUCGGUGCAAAUUUCAUUUACAAAAAAGUUACUAACAAACAACUUGAACUUGAGGUUAAACAUGUUGAUGAUGAUGUUUAUGAAUGUGAGUUAAAAAUAUUAAUGCGAGAGGGUUAUGAGAUAGAACAAAAUUUAGUAACAAAGAAGUUAGCUCGAUGGCGAGAAGCAUCUGAGCAAUGGCCGAAAGAAAAAAAGAAAUUUGAAGAAGAACUCGAUUUGUCAAAUGUCGAAAAGAUGACAAAAUUCGUUGAAGAAAUGCAAGAGAAGAAGUUUGCAGAUGAGUUUAAGAUGUUUCGACUUCCUUUGUCGGUUGACGUUUCAGUGGAAGAAAUGCGAGAAUUUCUGAUUCAAUGCAAUGAAGAUUCAUGUUUUCAUCAUGAUCGACAUUUGAUUUCUAAUCUAACGCUUCAAUAUCCAACAACUGAAGAAAAUCUUACAGAAUUCUUUUACAAGAAAAAGAAAUUGAAACCAAAGCGACGAAAAUUUCACAUCAUGCAUUCAAUUCAUACAGAACAAAACAUCAAAUAUUUCGAUUUGGUAGCUAACGAAAUCAGUGAAUUUCAUUUCAUUUUUAUCGAAACUAUUGAUUCCAUCACAUUUCAUGUCUUCCCGCUUAUUGAUGAAUUGAAAAUUCAAAUGGAAAAGAUGGAGGAUGAGUUGAAGCAAAUAUUUGAUAAAUUCAUAAAAUUAGAGCAGAAACUGAAAGAAAAUUCAUCGAAGCAUGAAUCGAAUGCUGUAUCAGAAACAAUUGAGCAAUUUCUUUUGAAUAAGCUUCUUGAAAGAUUUCAUUGCUUUUGUGAUAUGACUGGAAAGUUGUGCUUGAUAAAAACGUUGAAAGAAUUCAAGCGUGGAAAAAUUUUGAACUCGCCAUCAAGCAAAGAUAUUGUCAAAGUCUUCCUCAUGGAUGAAGCAAAGAUUGAAGACAUUAAAAUCAGUUCUCUAUUCAAAAUGCCUUUAAAAUUCCUGAAAUAUCCCAGAAAAACUCUCGUAUGUAAACUUGCUGACGUUGAAUUGAGUUCAAAUGGUUUACAUCAUGAAAAUCCUAGGAAAUUGCUAUCAAAUUUAGAGGAAGGAGUUUCUCAACUUAAAGCGACUGUCGUUAGUCAUGACAUGAAUUUCUAUCCAAUUGUUCGACUCAUAUCAGAAGAUGUAAAGCAGCUUAGCAAUCAUGUACAAUUCAAAACAAAAAAGCUUUCCUUCAAAAGUUUAAUGUCAAGUAAAUAAAUAUGGAAACGAAUUUCGUCAGUUGUCGAGAUUUUCCUUCUCAAUAACUUUGCUUAAUAAAAAAACAAAAAAAAAGAGACAAGGAAAACAGUUCGUGAGACUUCACUUUCAGAUUUCCAUCAUGAAAACAGUGAAAAAUCCUCAAGUGAUCUCUUUUAUGCAUCAAAUCUCGAGAAAAUGUGAUGUCAAGAGUGUGCUUUUU